CACAUUUGCGAAUCAUACGUGACUACCACAUUACUAUGGACCCGUCUACUUUUCCGUACACCGACGAUGAGCUGAAAAAAGCAGGCCUGAUCGGCGAAGAAGUCUCCAGGUCCGUCGAGCAGACGGUUCAGACGAUGAAGGCCCAUCCAGAACUUUUGAACCUCUCUCUGUUCGCCCUUUCUUGUAUCAAUGCUCAGGGCUCCCAGUACAAUGGCCCGAUUUCGCCCGGCUCGUCCUUGACCUCCAACUUCUCGGCUCUCACGUUCGCCGGCGACACGACCGUCACGUCUGAGCAUGCUCCCACCCCUUACGUGGCGACCUCGUUCUACAACGGCACUGCUCCCGGUGGCGACCACCCCGUGCUUGUCUACCGCUCCGACUACGGCUCCACGCCAUUCCCCGAGCCCAAGUCCGGCGACAGGUUCUUCACUCUCCCAGUCAAGUCUGUUCGCGGAGUCUUCGAAACUCCGCUGAAUAAAGUCUGGGGUGCUGUCGGUCCCGAGAUCCUUGACCUCAUCAAGGUGCGCGGUAUACAGUGGUCUUCGAUUGAUCCGGCGCGAUUCUUCACUCACGCUACGCCGGGAGAGACGGGUACGGGGAGUCUCGGCCCAGUGGUGAUCUGGAUCGGCGUCCGGCCUCGUUCCACCUCUGCUGACACCGCCCACGAGGUCACUCAGGAAAUCCUUGCUCUCCUGAAGAAGAACGACGUUGAGGAUGUUGUAGUCGAAUGGCGAGAGGCGGAACCACAGACGCUGGGAGGUCCCCCACUCCUUCUCCCCACCGACAGCUCCGAUCCCACCCACCACACGCGCCGCUUCCUCACUGCUCUCCUCGCCGUUCCCCUUACCACAGAAGGCUUAGAGGAGGACGAUGCGCAGGGCACACUGACCCUGUGGUUUGCGGAGAACAAAGACGAGACCGGCAACGCGAGCGACAAGGUCUUCGGGCUUAGUAAUUGCCACGUUCUUCGCAAGACCACCACCUCCGAUUUCACGCACAAGGGCGGCGCACGCAAGGACCAUGUGCGCGUCUGCAGCAUGCGCCGCUACCAGCGCGGCCUCGGCGACAUCGUGAAGGCCGUUGCUGACCACGCCUUUUUCGCUAAUCUCCAUGCCCGAGACAUCGCCAGGCUGCAGGAGAGGGGGGCCCAGGACCCGGCGAGCGUGAAGAAGCUGCAACGGCUGCAGGACCAGCUCGACGAAGCGAACGAAGCCAUCACCCGUCUCGAGGGCCUCAACGACGAAGUGACCAAGCAUUGGUCGAACAUUAUGUUGCAGCGCGACAUCGGCCACGUCGUGUAUGCUCGCAAGAUCAGCGUUGACGUUGGCCGCACUGGCUACACCGAGGACUGGGGUGUGUUCGAGGCUGCCGAGGCGAAGGUGAAGGACGGGUUCAUUGGAAACGUGGUGGACCUUGGUGCCAAGUACUCUUCUCUGCAGCUUAUGGAAAUGCUCUAUCCGAUUAAGGGUGGUGCGAUGACAUUUAAGUAUCCCGACGAUGGGAAGCUUCGCAUCUACGGCUGCGCUUCGAAAGAUGACCUCGCCGUCCCUGCCGAGUUCGAUAGCGAAGGCCAGCGCUGCUUGAUGGUUGGCAAGGACGGGAACACGACCGAUCUCACUGUCGGUCGUUACGCCGGCCUCGAGUCCUUCGUUCGGAACGCGGUUGGCGUCGAGUCGAUUGAACUCGCCAUCUACAACGCCGGCCACAACGAGGCGAACGAGACCUUCUCUGCCAAGGGCGACUCGGGGUCGCUCGUUUGGCACAUGAGGGACGGCAAGGCUUACAUCGUCGGCCAGCUCCACUCGGGCCACAACAAGGGCGGGUCCACCAACAACCACGUCACCUACUGCACUCCGGGCUGGUGGCUCCUCUCGCAGAUCAAGAAGAAGUACCCGCACGCUGUCUUCUACCCCGAAUCUUGGCCUCAGCUUUAGCAACCUGGACAGCCUGCACGUCGACGAGCAGUUCCACAUCGUCGUCGUCGUCAUCGUCAUCUUCUUUGGCCUCUUCGCUUCCACCAUGCCCCCAUUCUCCACUUCUCGUGGUCGAAUGCGAAUCAUGC